AGAGAGAGAGAGAGAGAGAGAGAGAGAGAGAGAGAGAGAGAGAGAGCGAGCGAGCGAUCGGGGUUCCCACUUUUGCCGACCCGCGCGUGUGCCCUCGUGAAACGGGAAAAAAAACCGAGACGCCUGGAAUGACGGUAUCGUCCGGAGAGCUGAUUUAAGCUGAAUAGGCUACAGCAGGGGCGCCGCGCAGCCACCCCGCACGGAGAGGGAACGGACGCACCGAGACACCCAGUGGGACUCGCCCCGUCGUCGGAUCGCCCCGAAGCGUCUAGCGUGGAGAAGGAUCGCAAACCAGGACAAAUAUGGCAGAUGCAGAUUUGGACUUCACGACAGGUGAUGCCGGGGCGUCCGCCACUUACCCCAUGCAAUGUUCUGCUCUGCGCAAAAACGGCUUUGUGGUGCUGAAGAGCCGCCCAUGCAAGAUCGUGGAGAUGUCCACCUCCAAGACCGGCAAGCAUGGACACGCAAAGGUCCACAUGGUUGGAAUUGACAUCUUCACUGGCAAAAAGUAUGAGGAUAUCUGUCCCUCUACUCAUAAUAUGGAUGUCCCUAACAUCAAGAGAAUGGAUUAUCAGUUGAUUGGCAUCCAAGAUGGCUACCUGUCUCUGCUUCAGGACAGUGGUGAAGUUAGAGAAGACUUGAAAAUGCCUGAAGGAGAAUUGGGAAAAGAGAUUGAGGGCAAGUUUGAUGCUGGAGAGGAGAUCCUGAUCACUGUUCUGUCUGCGAUGAAUGAGGAGGCUGCAGUGGCCAUCAAAGCCAUGGCUAAAUAAAACACAGCAGGUAUUGGCAAGAUGCACUGGACCUGGAAAGAAGGAGAGAAUUACACCUCAGCAAUGCUAUUCUCCCCUUUUUUUGUCUUUAUUUUUCAUUCUUUAUUUCUUAACUCUCCCCCGCUCUCUUAAUGUACUUUAUAGCCCGUCUUUGGGUUGGAAAAAUUAGAAAGGAAAAAAAAGAAUAAAUAAUUGGAAAUUGUCGCAAAUGAUCAAAAUCUCUGUAAAUACAUUGAGUAUACAUUAAUCAACACUAUUUUGAAUGUAUAUAAUAGAGAAGAAAAACUGAAUGACAAAUGGGCUGAUAGCCAUAGGCACUGUAAUGGUGGAGGGUUGUUUGCCCCCUCAUACAUAAUUACACUAACAUGAGUGUGUCACUUUUUGUCUAGUUUUUCCCUUUCCUUUUUUAUUUAAAAAUGACACAUUUUCAUCUGUUCCAAUGACCACCCUUCAUGCAUUCUUUGCCAAUUUAAAUUGGGUUCGCAUGUAAAUAGCUACACAUCUGUUGUGUGGCUACUUGUAUUGCAGACAGACAGCAAGAGAGAGAAACGGGCCACGUAUAACAGGAUGUGAAGUCUUUCCCUUAGAUGAUCAGGCCAUCAGUUUACCUACUUCCUUACCUCACAAUUGCCAGAAUAGGCUAGAGUGCUGUCCCCACAAAGCAGACAUAUGUAUUCAGUCACAUGUAAAGACUCAUAAAAUGUUCUGUUUUAAACAUUUUCCAGUUUUCUUAAAGAUUUUGAUAGAAUCAUGGUUUUACAAAGUCUUCAGAACUGUACUUAUUUAAAUAUUUCUUUCUUUCCCUAAAAGCUAGACAGGUGGGGACCUGGAGAUUACUAUGAAAUGUCAGUAAGAAAUAUUCUACUAUAAGAGCAUAUUAAGCCCUGAUCCAUUCUUAAUAUGUUCUCGCUAUUUGAUGCACAUUAUAAACUCAUUGGCCAUUUUAUUAUGCACACUUGCAGGUAAAAUUUUUAAAGUGUUCAAAUACCAUCGGUUGAUAUGCAUAAUUUGUUAGCCAGCUUCUCCUUGUUCAUCACUAGUCAGUUUCCGGACCACUGCUAACCAGAAAUUAUUUAAGCAGUGGACCAUUAACAACGAUGCAGUGGAAUGGUUGCGAGUGUUCUACCGGUACAAAUUUAAUAAGCACAGUAGUGCAGCUGGAAUUUUUUAUUUUAUUUUAUUUUAUUUUUUUACAAGUCACUGAUGGGAUGACAGAGGCUUGUCAUAAAAAA